UCCGUAGUUUUAUCGUUGUUCUGAGGAAAGGUGAAGCAUUCAGUGGAAGAUCUCAGCUGAUACCUUCAUCUGUCCUCCAUCCUUCUGAUCAGUGCCUUUAGUAGUUCACGUCUCUGCAUGAAGAUGAUCAACGUUUGAUAGCAGAUGCUUAACUUCUGAAUCAUUUCCUUAUUAAUCUGAUGGUGGGACCAGGUUGUCGGGUAGGACACAGAUUAGCCUUUGCAGAUUAUCCACAGGUCAGUGGUGGAGGGACAUUAGAACAUCUCCAAGCACCUCAGAGAAGUCACAUGUGUGGAGGCUCGGUUCCUGUGGAUCCACACGGAUAGAGGGGUGGAUGGAGGAUUGAGCUAUGCAGAGCCUCCAGCCUGUUAAUGUGUCUCCAGGGUUCUCUGGUUCUGGUCGGUCUCCAGGUUUCAAAGGUUAAUCACCCUCAGCUCCUAUUCACUCAUUAACAGAGACCUGCAGAUUUUCCUGGUUCUUUAGCUUCCUGUGAUUCCAGCAGUCCAGACUUUUAUGCAGUUUAGAAUCCACAUUUUGAUAUGCAUCAGGUCCAUAAUUUAAACCGUCUUAGUCCAGCAGAACUGAGGCUGUUAAUUAGACAGAACCAUCCCAGAAUCAGAACUACGACUGGAUUAGCACCAGGAUACCAGCAGGCCAACGUCGUGGUCCUGCCGAACCACCUGGCUGAUGACUUUGAGGGUUUCUGUCACUGUAACCCCGCCCCCCUGCCCCUCCUUUACCGCAGCCAACCAGGAGAGACUUCCUGUGAUCCUCUGGCUAAAAGUGCUGACAUCAGGAGCGAUGUCUCUGAGUACUGCGUGUAUGAGGACGGUCGUCUGGUGAAGGCCGUCUCCAGUCUGCAGAGCUACAGCAGCCAGUCCAGGACGGCAUCAGAGCAGCACGGCCCGCCGGCAGACAUGGUCACCUUCUAUCUCGGCUGCAGCUUCGGCUUCGAGGGCAAGCUGCAGGAAGCUGGAAUCCCUGUUAGGAACGUGGAGCAAGGCCGGAACGUCAGCAUGUACAGGACUGCGGUCGGCUGUGUUCCCCUCGGAGUGUUCAGCUGCCCUCUGGUGGUCACCAUGCGCCCGGUGCCGGUCGGGCUGCUGGGUCCAGCCGUGGAGGCUACUCACCUGAACCCGCUGGCUCAUGGAGCUCCUGUCCAUGUAGGCGAGCCAGCUCUCCUGGGGAUAAAGGACCUGUCCACACCGCACUAUGGCGACCCGGUGGAGCUGCAGCCUGGAGACGUUCCUGUCUUCUGGGCCUGUGGAGUGACGGCUAUCGAGGCGAUCCUCAGCAGCAAACCGUCUCUGGCCUUCAGCCACUCGCCCGGCUGUAUGUUCCUGACCGACGUCCCAGACUCUCCUCCUCCGUCCAGCAGCGUGAGUCCAGACCCUGAGCUGAGCCCGCUCUGCUUCCAGGUAUCCCACAAUCCAUUGCUCUACAGCCUGGUGUCCAGGGCAGCGGUGGGAAAGAUCCGACAGCUGGAGCGCAUCAUCACAGACGACCCAGGUCAGAGAGGGAUCCGAGCUUUAUUCGUUCAGGAUGAGCUCCUGCACGCCUGCCUGGCGCUCUCCCACUCCUCCUCUGUUGCCAUAACGACUGGCUUCCCCACGCACUACAUGCACAGUCCUCCUGAUGAGACGGAUGGCCCGCCUGGAGCCAUCGCCAUGGCAACCAUGUUGCUGUCUCUGGGGAAACAGGUGACCCUGCUGACGGACAGCAGAGCGGUGGACAUGAAUCGAGCUCUGGUGGAUGAAGCCGUGAGGAAAGGAGUCCUCAAAGCUGCAAUCCCAUUGGUCACCUUUGAAGACAGAGGGCCUGACUCUGCACUGCACUUCCUGUGUCACCAUGGAGACCCCAGCAAACCCAGGUCAGACGAUGAAUGUCGCUGGUGAGGUGCAGACAGCUGA